ACAAUUUAGUUCUACUUGAGCUUCGAAUACUGAAGCACAAUGUUUGCCAGAAUUCUCCUUGUGUACUUGUUAUGUAGCACGUUGUUCAAUUUGAUUUCGUGUGAGUGCAGACAAACUUACGCGACAGUCUGUGACAGUUUCGAAGACCUUAAAAAAUACGACGACGUAGAGAACAUGAAAACAUUAAUUAUAGGCUCGGAACAUAGUAGUGUACCACCAACUUCUGUUAAUUUGAUAGCCGAUUUGGAUUACACCUUUUAUUACAAAUUAGCGACUUUGGUCAUCAUUCGAUCAGUCAACGAGUUAAAAUCGCACGUCUCUUGGACAUGUGAUUAUGAAUCUCCCCUGAAAUAUCUCACGUUGUAUCGCAACAAGUUGAAAGUGAUUGGAAAAAAUCAACUUCCUAGGCAUUCACUAAAAUUGUUAAGUUUGGUUAACAACGAAAUUGAGUCAGUGAAACCUGAUGCGUUCUAUGAUCAAGUUGAAGAAAUUGAUUUAUCUGAAAAUUUGUUAGAAGUGAUAGAACGUCAUUCUUUACCUAGCGAUAGUAAGUCUGUAAGCGUUAGAAACAACAAAUUGGUUCACAUCGAGGCUGAUGCUCUUCCUAAAGGUUUAACGAAUCUCAACUUGGCCGGGAAUGAAUUGAGAUAUAUUCCAUAUGAAGUAUUAAAAGAUUUAAAGAAUCUUACAGAACUGGCGUUGAACCACAACAAAUUCAGUUCCUUACCACCGAUCAAGCACUUGGAACACUUAGUAGUUUUCGACAUAUCCUUCAAUUCUGUUAGUACACUGGAACGCGGUACGUUCGAAAAAAUGGAUAAUUUGCAACUAAUCGACUUAUCCAACAACAAAAUUCACCAGUAUGAUGUUCUCCAGGUGCUUAACACCCCCGGAAAGCAACCAUAUCUUAAAGUUUCGCUAGCUCUGAAUAAUCUCAAAGAACUACAACUAAAUAAUCUGUCCCUCCAACAUCAAACGUUUGUUUUGUAUGGAAAUCCCUGGGACUGUAAGGUAUGGCCUGAAAUUAAGAAGAACUUGUCUCGCCAUGAAAGUAACUGUAAUGUUGAAUUACCGUCUAAUGAAGAUUUGCCUUUUUGUAUUUCUUACAUCGCCGAUGGUGGUUUAAGUACUUGGGAAACUAAAAUUGAAAAAUUCGUUGCAACAUUUCAAGAGAUCGUUGCAAAUCGUCCAAAGAACUUCCACUGCCGUCGUCACUUGGGUCGCUAUGGCUGGUUGUAUCGUAUUUCAUAUACUUGUUCUGCAACUAAAGUUUAAAAGUGUGUUGUCUGCGUUUUGCUGAACUCAUUGUAAACAUUAAAUAAGACUAAAAAAAUCGUGUAUACUCGUACGAUAAUAUAGACUAUCCACAUCCACAAUGUAUUUUCUCAGUAAUAUAUAAUUAAUAGAAUGCUAUGUUUGGAUAGGAAGCUUCUCCAAGACUUUAUAGUUUUGUAUUUUUCCAGGAAUAAAUUUUAUUUAAUCGAU